AGCGAGUGUAAGAAAUUGAAAUAGAGACUGGAAACUAGCAAUAACUACACUUCAACAUAAGCCAUAUAUUAUACAAAAACACACAUACUCCUCAUUUCUCUUGGACAUAUGCUGGACUUAAGACACCAACUAUAGACACACAUGAUUCCCCUCCCCCAUAAUAACCACAGACACACCCAACCCAUGGUUGGACCUCAGGACAAAGAACUCUCAGGAACCAAUGGAACGUGGACACCAGGCCGGAAGCAGGACUACCCAAAACCCAGAUCGACCAAUCGGAAGGCCGGACUCGCAGAUCUACCUACUUUGCUUGUUGUCUGUAUAGUACUGAACAAUUCUGAAAACGCCCUCUUUUCCAAAUGACCCCAUACGGAUCGGAUAGAAAAGAGCCGUGCUGCACGCUUUGCAUAAUAUUUUUACACUUGAAUAAACCUGCCUUAUUAUAAAAUUAUCCACCUCGUCCUAUGUCUCCACUUGGUCUCCUGUCUCAAGUAAAACGAAUUAUCAACAACAUGGUAGCAGAGGAUGGUUAAAACAUAUUUGAAUUAGGCCCAAUAGAAAAUUCAUCGGACAGGAGACGAGAGGGAGAAAGAUUCAAGAAGGAGAGGUGACCCGCUCGAGGGAGACGUCGGCGAUUCAACUCACCCAGGAAACUGAUCAAAGAGCUCGAAAAUAUUAAGGUAAGCAGAGCCGGUUUAAUCAAAAUCUGCAUAUUGUAUUAUAGCCAAUAUCUAAAUUCAAUGAUCAGAAGUACUGAGGUGAGUGAAUUGUUGCUAAAUUUAUGUGGAAUUGUUUAGAAUCUAAGGCAAUGUGUAAAGAUAUUUGCGAAGUAUAAAAUCAAGUCGCAUUAGUAAUCUGGGACUAGUUGAAACAUUUUUCAACUAGGAGCAUCAGUGAUAAACCUAAGCUUGAAAUAGGAGUAAUGGUAUUAAACUUGAAACUCAAAUGUAUUUGAAAUGUAAUGUGAUCUGUUCAAGUCGUAUUAGUAAUCUGGGACUAGUUGAAACAUUUUUCAACUAGGAGCAUCAGUGAUAAACCUAAGCUUGAAAUAGGAGUAAUGGUAUUAAACUUGAAACUCAAAUGUAUCUGUUCAAGUCGUAUUAGUAAUCUGGGACUAGUGGAAAUGGCAUCCCUCUAGGAGCAUCAGUGAGAAAGCUAAGCUUGGCGUAUUGGGAUUCAAGUCGCAUUAGUAAUCUGGGACUAGUUGAAACAUUUUCAACUAGGAGCACCAGUGAUAAAUCUAAGCUUGAAAUAGGAGCAAGGGUAUUAAACCUGAAACUCUCCAAAUUAAUGCUGUUCAAGUCGCAUUAGUAAUCUGGGACUAGUUGAAACAUUUUUCAACUAGGAGCAUCGGUGAUAAAACUAAGCUUGAAAUAGGAGCAAGGGUAUUAAACCUGAAACUCUCCAAAUUAAUGUGUGUGAUUGAGCGUUCCACGAGAUCUAUUGCUACUAAUUAGCUAUAAGCUAAGUUCAGGCUCCGUUAGUGGUGACCGCCGAGUCAGAAUCUGUGUGCCACGGUGAAGCAGCCAUUUACGGUUGAUGAGUUGACCUGGUUUUCCCCUCUUAUACUGUUGGCAAAUCCUUAAGGGAUAGAAUUCAUUUGAAAAUUAUUAGAGAAGCGCGUGAAUUACUAGUAUAUUGUCCCCAAAGGAAAAUUUCUGAAAUGUUUUGGCAAAGUAUUUAAUUAAUCGGAAAAAGUUUAAAUUAACCGGGAAAGUUAAAAGAAAUAAUAUCUCUCGAGUUAAAGGUCUUAUAAUUGCCAUUCCAAUUAUAUCAGGAGCGCCUGAAUUCAUUAGUAUAUUGUCCCCAAAGGAAACUUCUGAAAUAUUUUGCCAAAGUAUUUAAUUAAUUAAUUUAGCGAAAAGCAAUAAUAUUUUUUUUAUUAAAAAUACCCAAAACUGUCAUUCCAAUUAUAACAGGAGCGCAUGAAUACAUUCGUAUAUUGUUUCAAAAGAGAUAGCUGAAAUAUUGUUGGAAAACGAAAAUAAUUCAUAAAAUACACGGCAAUAAAAUCCUUUGUCCACGCGAGUCGGACACGAGACUGGGGGUAGAGAGGGGAAGAAAAAUACAUCGCUGGUUUCGAUCAGUAACGGGCUAAAGUAUACAAAGAUAAUAAUAGACCCAGACAUAGCUUAACGACAAAAUGACCACGACUAUCGUCCCCAAACACAAAUUCAACGAAUAUUUAGAUCAGAGAAUGAAAGAUAGAGCAGGCGGGAAAUUACACUACAAACCCGUUAAAAAGAUUUGGGAGGAAGUGAGGCUAAGAUGGACUCAAACAGGUUUUCUUAGUGGAGUCGCCCCAUCAAAAGGGCAACUCCUCAUUAUGGAGAAAAAAUUGGAGGAAGCAGUGAAGCAAGGGAUAGAAUGUGAAGUUGAUAAAAAUAAGAGUCAUUUUUAAAAAAAAGAAGGGACGAAGCAAAGGGAAAAGGCAGAGGCUGAGAUGAAAAUAGGAUUGUGGGCAAUUGAAGAGAUGAGAAGGGCACUCCCCUACCGAAAACCUGACACUAUGGGAGUGGUCACUGGAGCACCAACUGACACCAAAGAGGGCGGGCCCAAUAAUAAUGAUGGCCCACCUACCACCACAGCAACCCCAUCGGCCCCCACCCAUCUAUACCCAGAACUGCCACAGGGAGAGAAAAAAGCACCACCUCCCUAUUUUCAAAAUCCAUUCACUCACCUCCCUCAAAACCCCUUUCUGACCCCUGCUGUGGUACAGGCACCAGUGUUUGUGGUGCAUGAAGGACACCUAAAAGGAAGCAUGACUUUGGGGAUCCAAGAAGGGCAACUCCUGUGUGAAGAGAGGCCUGAUCAUCGAGACAGGGAGGAGAGGGAUAGAGCAUACACACAGGGACGUGGGGGGGGUUCCAACUCCGCCUCACUACAGGGACACGGUGAGUCUCUAUCAACCUACCCACAAGGACGGGGUGUUGGGUCUCAACUAGGCCCUUUGAAGAGAGAAGACAGAGAGCUGAUUCAGUUCUCUUCCACUCCAAACCCAGACUGGUUCAGAAACAGAACACGGGGGGAAAGUCAAAUAGUCACUGAAGGGUCAUGGUCGCCACCAGGACAUUGUCCCUCUGGGGCCUUUCUAAGAGGGAACCACAGCAAGGACGAUGAAGGUGGGAACAGAACAGGACAAGAUGAAGAGGAGGAGGAGCGGGACCUCAGGGAGUCAUUGGCACGGGCCAGAUCUAUGAUAGAUGAUGCUGAAUGUGGAGAGGGCUCGUACCAUAUAAAAGGGGUAAUGAUGGGGAAGGUGACGGAUUUGGUCGAACCUAUUAGACAGUCCGUUCGUCUCAAGGAACAGAACCGCAGGGGUGUCUCGUCCAGGGCAGACUGGGAUCCCAAACAUGGAGGACGAGAAGGGUCGGAGAUGCAGAUGCCGUUGAGACCCACUCCGGAUGGAGGGCAUGAAGAAUACCAACCCUGGAAAAUAACAGACCUCACCACUUUGAUGGGACAAUUACCCAGUCUGCAUGGGGGUGCCUCUGCAUGGCUCCUUCAACUGCAAACACUGACGUCCGGCCUACGGCUCUGUCUAGGUGACAUAAGGGCCCUUCUGGCUAGAGCAACAGACCAUACCACCAUGAGUGCUCUGAUAAGAGAGGCAGAUCUUGCCACAGCCCCGGCUGCACUGGCCCAGGAAGACUUCCGAGCGGAAUUGUGGGCAGUGUUGAGAAGGGCAUAUCCCACAGAACGAAACCAUGCAACCCUUUCAUCCUUCACCAUCAAUCCAGGGGAACAACCGGCAGCCUACCUAGACAGAGCGAAGACCACAUGGAGAACUGUUCAUGAAGAACCAUAUGACCAUACUGGCACCACGAUCAGCAUGUGGAAGGAGAUGGUGGUGAGCGGCGCUCCCAUUGAGGUCCGAACUAAACUAAGGGCCACGGUGGGGUUAAUGGCACUUCCCCAGGCUCAGUUCAAUUCCCAUGUACAUCAUCACAUCACCCAAUACAAUAAGGAUAAGGGAGGGGCUGAAACACAAGUCCAGUCCCUACAGGUACAACUUUUGAAACUACAAUUGAAAGAGGCCCAGAAAGGAGAAAAACCAAAGAAACAGAUGGUGGCUGAAGAUCAACCAGACAUCUCACAAAUCAUUGAAAAAACUGUUUCACAAAUGAUACAGCAACAACAACCCCCCAGGUCAACCCCACAGGGACCUAUCAUACCAUCACAACUCCUGGAUCAGCCAUUACCCAUGGUCACCCCACCAUACUAUCAACCAACACAACAAGGGUAUCCUUCAACAUGGGGACAACAACCACGUUACCCAUCACCAUGGGGGACAGGACAAACACGACCAAUAAACUGCUACAAUUGUAAACAAAUUGGACAUAUGGCACGUCAGUGCCCACACCCAUUGACACCGACCCAACAUUACUGGAUGGCAAAUAGGGCACUACAAACCGCCCCAAGGGGACGUGGAGGAGUCAGGCCAAUGAUGUACCAACCACGUGCAGCCCAGCAACCUGCAUACAAUCACCCUAUCCCAGACCCAAAUCAGCAACCACCUCCUCCUUUCCAGGGCAUGUCAGAUGAAUAUGCCCCAUGGCCCUGAAGCUGCCCACCACCACAGAACGAGAAUGGGGGUCAACAUUUUCCACUACACACCGAACCAACUAUCAUGUGUGAGGUGGAGGGAGUGACCCACCAAUUUUUGGUAGAUACAGGAUGUACGUAUUCUGCCAUAAGAUCUCGUCAACCACUCUCUUCGGAAACAAUACAGGUGGUGGGGGUAUCAGGAACACCCGAAGCACAGAACAAGACCAUUCCAUUGCUUUUCUCAUGGGGCCCUUCCAAUUUGAAGCAUCAGUUCCUAUACUGUCCCAAUUGUCCAAUCAACCUCCUAGGAAGGGAUCUACUAUGCAAACUGAAAUGUUCAAUUUACCUUACUGAGAAGGGCGUGGAGGUCUCCAUUGAUCCUAUUCCUUCAACACCUGCCCACCCCGUCAGUGUACUGAUGUUACCUAUCAUCCCAACCCCUGUGUUGUCAGCAACACAAGAAAUCUAUUGGCUAAAAUGCAUUGAGACAGGUCCUGGGACCCCGGAGGUCCAGUUUAAGUUCAAUCAACUGAAAUCACAGAUCUAUGCAUUACACCCAUACAAGACCCCACAAGCUGAAAUUCACUGCACAUUGAAUGUGACAGACAAUGACGUGAACACAUACACCGAUGACUGGGAUGAGAACAUGAUGCACCUAACGCCAUCCAUCAGGUGUUGCACCAUUGUGUGUGGACAAGAGGGGGUGGCAGCACCAGUUAUCCUACCACCUCAUUUGAAAUCCUGGUACUUACUAGGGGAGGAGUCAGCUCCCCAUGUUACACUAGCGGUGGGAAACGGUUUUGAAGCAAGGAGCCUGGGCCCUAUGAUCAGACGAGCAUCCAAACUUCAGUGGGAACCCACCCAAACACCGGGAAUAGACAAGGCCACCACUGAAAACAUGUGGAGGUUCAUGACUGUUGACACUGAAGAACACUGUUUUCCAGAACGACUGACCCUGCCAAGACACCAUGGUAAGCCAUACACCGACCACCCAUCUACCAAAGCAUUGAUCUCCACCAUAGAUGAAAGGUUAUGGACUCACACCCCUUUUGAUGUGGGCCAACUACAGGUGACACCGGUCACCAUCACCCUACUGAACCCAGAUCAAAUACCUAUCUACCGAACUCAAUACCGGUUGAAACCCGAACAGAUCAUGGGGAUCGAACCGACCAUUGAUGGGUUACUGAGAGCACAGGUUAUCUAUCGAACUGUAUCUCCAUGGAACACGCCGAUUCUACCAGUGCUGAAAGCCGGAGGAGAAACAUAUCGGAUGGUUCAAGACUUCCGAGCAGUAAAUGACGUUACUGCACCAAUAGACCUACCUGUCCCUGACCCUCACAUCACUCUGAGCAACCUGUCUCCAAAACACCAAUACUUCACGGUGGUGGAUCUGGCUAAUGCUUUCUUCAGCACUUGAUGAAGCCUCUCAGCCACUCUUUGCUUUCACGUAUGAACAUCAUCAGUACACUUAUUUUGUUCUUCCACAGGGUUAUAGGUGUUCACCCGGAAUAUUCAAUCAUAUCCUAAAGACACACCUGGCAGAGUUGAAAAUCCCAGAAGGUGUGAUACUAAUCCAAUAUGUAGAUGACCUUUUGCUGGGGGCUCCCACGUCGGAUCUCUGCCUUGAGAUGACAAAAACACUACUGGACUUUCUGGCCGUCAAAGGAUACAAAGUCAAAAUGAGCAAAGUCCAGACCUGUCGCAGAACUGUCCUUUUCCUUGGCAGAGAAAUCUCAGGAGAAGGAGCAGGACUCUCCAAAAGCCACAGAGACUCGAUACUUCAUCAUCCACGCCCCAUCACGGUGUCGGGAAUGUUGUCUUUCCUUGGCUUGACAGGGUACAGCCGAACACACAUCCCAGACUACACUGCCAGAACUGAGCCACUGAGAGAAAUAGUGCGAGAGGCGGGAUCAAGGAACCUACACUCGUCAUUGACAUGGACCACUGAAGCAUCAAAGGCGUUUGCACUCUUGAAAACAGAUCUCUCAGUGGCAGCAGCAUUGACAUCACCUGACUACAAAAACAAAUUCCAUCUGGAUGUUUCUGAAAAGGAAGGAUUCACAUCAUCCAUCCUUUUUCAGAAACAAGAGGGGGAGAGAAGAGUGUUGAUGUAUCACUCCUCCAAAUUGGACCACAUUGAAGUAGGACAAACCACGUGUUCCAGGUAUGUGGCUGCAGUGGCAAAAGCUAUUGAAAAAACAGCCCACCUGGUAAUGUGUCAUCCAUUGGAGAUUCACACCCACCAUGGGGUUGCAGCAUAUCUGAUGAGCAAAGAAUUCACGUUCAGCGCUGAAAGAAAAACGAAAAUCCAGAAUAAAUGCACACAAUCUCACAUCACAUUUGUCAACACUGACAAAAACAUGGCAGACGCACUCAAUGCUGAAGAAGGUCUGCCCCACUCCUGUGCAGAAAGAGCUGCACAAGAAUUGAAACUGAGACCUGACCUGGGGAACGAACCACUCA